UUUGUAUAAAGUAGUUUUUGUUUCUCAUUGGUUAUGUUUACAUCAUUGAACGUCAAACGUCAGCACAUAGGUUAAUUCGCUAUUAAAAUGGAUAUAAGUUCGUUUUCUGAUGAGAAUUUCGAUACAAAAGGAUGGAUCAACAAAAUUUUAUCAGCUCCAGUAGCACAGGAGAAAGAAGAGAAUCAUUUAAUGUUUCUGGUUAUGAAAUUGCAACUGUAUGUGCAAGAGAUCAAUAAUGCAUUGGAGGAAACAAGUCAACAAGUGUUGACUUUGAUGCCAAAGAUUGCCAGAGAUACCAAAAACUUGCAGCUGGAGGCUGUAACAUUGAAGGAGAAAAUGGUGACAGUGCAUAGGGAAAUUGUUAAAAUUGAGGAGGAUACAGGCAAUUCCAUGAGUAGCAUUGAGAAAUUGGAUAGCAUCAAGGAAAAGUUGCUGGAAGCAAAGCAAGGGUUGCAUGAGAGUGACAAUUGGAUGGUUCUAGUUAAUGAUUUGGAGGAGGUGUUUGAUUCGAAAAACGUCGAAGCCAUCUCCGCUAAAUUGCUGAGCAUGCAGCAGUCACUGAAAUUGCUAAUCAACGUCGGGGAUUACGAGGAGAGGAAACUUCAAUUGGAUGGGUUAAAGAAUCGUUUGGAAGCGAUUGUUAGUCCGGCUAUUGUCCUGGCUUUCACCACCAACCAGAGCGAGCAAGCAGCCUUCUACGCAAAUAUAUUUGAUUCUAUAGGUCGCACUGGUCAGUUACUCAAGUACUACCAUAAAUGCCAGAAAGAUGUGCUCUUGAAGAAAUGGAGGAAUCAAUUGGAACUUGAACAAGACGAAGGCGCUGUUCAGUGGAUUCAUAAUUAUUUCGACAUAUUGAUUUCCAAUUGGCAUAACCAAUACAAAUGGUUCAACAAAGUAUUCCCAAAUGAGUCUGCAGCGGAGACCCUGAUCGACAUUUACGUUGAUGUACUGGUCGAUAUGGAACCUAGUUUCAAAGAGUGCAUGGAUACUGCGCUUAAGGAAAUCAGCGAUAAAUUGCAGUUCCUGCAAGAGAUCAAAGACGUGAUUAAGCAAUUUGCCAAUAAUAUAUUGAACAUCAUUCAAAACUUAGUUAAUCCAGAUAAAUACUUUCCUCUUAUGAAAGCAAUCUACUCGCCUUUAGUAAUUUACUUUAGCAAGUACAGUAGUUACGAAAGCGCCCACUUGACUGAAAAGUUAACAGCCAUGAGUUGCAUGAAAGAGGAGCUAUCCGAAACAAUUCAAGCUUUAGGUCUAUCCAUUCCUGCUCUUAUAGAUCUAGCUGUUGAAGCAAAGAAGAGAUGCAGAGAGAUAACCGAGGAUUGUGGACAUUGCGGUUUGCUCGUCGCAUUGCGAUCAUUCUUUGUUGGAUAUGCGAAUCAAUUCCGUGUUGCACUGAGGCAAAUCGACAGAAGCAAAGGAAAACACGAAGAUUGGAACACCUUUCAGCUGUGCUUAUCACUCUUGCAGAAUGCUGGAGAAGUCUUGAAUAAUUUACAGAUUUACGAAAAAGACUUGACCAAAGAUAUCAUUGAUUUGAAUCGUGGGGAUAUGGAGUUUAAAAAUUUGUUAUUGGAUGAAGAGCAAAGGAAGGAAUUUGAGUCUUUGGUAAAAUGCGUUACGGAGGGAACGCAGCUCUCGCUAUUGGAUCACAUUGUUGGAGAAUUCACUAAGUUGUGUUCGGAUAUCCAUCACACUACAUAUCAAGUUGUUUCUGCUCCGAUUUUUGUACAAUUAGAUGUAGUACAAAAUGGUAAGAUUUGGAACCAGUUUACGGACUCUUCAUUGAGUGAUCUACCAGAAUACAGCUUAUCGCCGCAAGAAUACAUAACGCAAAUUGGUCAAUAUUUGAUGACAUUGCCGCAACAUUUGGAACCAUUCUUGUUCAGGGAAAAUCCAUCUUUGAAUUGCGCUUUAAAAGCUGCCGAUGCGGAGUAUAGCAACAGUGAUGAAGAGGGUGAAGGUGCUAUGGCCAAUAUUUUCUUAAGCAUCGUGGCAAGGGGAACAUGUCAAGGUUAUAGUGAUCGCAUUUUAAGUAUUUUUGAGUUGAAUCAACCGGCAAGUCGACAGUUGGCUCAUGAUAUAAACUAUUUAGGAAACGUUUUAGAAGAUUUGAAUCUUUUAUUAACUGAGAACCUUAAUCAACUAAUGGCUUUGCUAAGACUACCUUCGGAUCAAUACCAGUCCCAAAGCACUGGAUACUCGGCUAGAUAUGUCGCAGCUGUAAGACAGAUGAGGCACAUUACAUCAUCAGGAUAGGAUACUAUUGAAGGAGUAAAGUUUGUAAAUAUAAAAUAUAUUAUUAUUACUACUACUACUA